CCGCUCCGUUGGGUGUCGGGCUGCAUCGGGGCGUGGCUGUUGUGACAGGUCAUGUGACAGUGUAAAGUUCCCGGAGCGGUAGGAGUAGUGAGGACGGAGAGUAACCGGCGGGAUGGAGAGCGGCGGGUAUCGGGGGCUGUAUGUGGUGGUGGUGGUGCUGUUGGGAUACGUUCACCGGGGCACCGGGUGCGGACCGGAGACCUGCCCUGUGGCCCCCGAGGGCCUCCUCAACGUGCACCUCAUCCCUCACACACACAAUGAUGUAGGUUGGCUGAAGACGGUGGAUCAGUAUUACUAUGGAGGACGCAACAGCAUUCAGCAUGCUGGGGUGCAGUAUAUUCUGGACUCGGUUGUCCCACAGCUACUUGCAGACCCCAGGAGGCGCUUCAUCUACGUGGAGAGCGCGUUUUUCUGGCGCUGGUGGCAGGAGCAGAAUGAGUCUGUGCAGAGAGAUGUGUCUCAGCUCAUACAGGAAGGUCGCUUGGAGUUUAUCAAUGGAGGGUGGUCCAUGAACGAUGAAGCGGCCACACAUUACAGCCCGAUUAUUGACCAGAUGACCCUGGGCUUGCAGUUCUUACAGUCUACAUUUGGGGAAUGUGGUAGACCCAGGGUGGCUUGGCACAUUGAUCCAUUUGGGCAUUCCAGAGAACAAGCCCUACUCUUUGCUCAGAUGGGGUAUGACGGAUUGUUCUUCGGACGGUUGGAUUAUCAGGACAAAAAGAAUCGAGAGAACAAAAAACAGAUGGAGAUGAUCUGGAGGGGCAGCGAUGAUCUGGCAGCGCCCACUGCUGAUCUCUUCACUGGUGUCCUGCCGAACGGAUACAACCCUCCAGAAGGUUUCUGCUGGGAUCAGUUGUGUUCAGAUCCCCCGAUUAUGGAUGAUCCACAGAUGGAGGACAAUAAUGUGGACGCUGUUUUACAAUUGUUUAUGAAAGCUGUGAACACACAGGCAGACAAGUAUCGCUCCAAUCACAUUGUAAUGACCAUGGGGUCUGAUUUCCAGUAUGAGAACGCCAUCCCGUGGUUUAAGAACAUGGACAAGCUUAUUAAACUGGUGAAUGCUCAGCAAACUAAUGGAAGCAAAGUGAAUGUGAUCUACUCUACACCAAGCUGCUACCUGACGGCAUUAAACAGAGCCAACCUAAGCUGGCCAGUGAAGAUGGACGAUUUCUUCCCGUAUGCUGAUGGUCCGCACAUGUUCUGGACAGGAUACUUUACCAGCCGGGCCGGCUUCAAGCGCUACGAGAGGCUCAGCAACAAUUUCCUGCAGGUCUGCAACCAACUAGAGGCCUUAACCGGAGCAGCCGCAACACAUGGACCAUACGGAACCAGCAGCAGCUUAACUCUAAGACGCGCUAUGGGAGUAGCUCAGCACCAUGAUGCUAUAACUGGAACAGCCAAACAACAUGUGAAUGAUGAUUACACUUUGCGGUUGUAUAAAGGCUGGGAGACCUGUCAGGUUGUGAUCAGUAAUGCUCUCUCUAGUCUGACUGGGACCAAGGAAAGUUUCACAUUCUGCAAUCUGCUGAACAUCAGUGUAUGCCCGACCACCGAGACAGCUAAAAGUUUUAAUGUGUUCCUGUAUAACCCUCUGGGACGUGCGGUCACAUGGAACGUCCGGCUCCCAGUCAAUGGUGUUGCCUACACAGUAAAGGGCCCCUCCGGGGAGACUGUGACCAGUGAGGUGACGCCAGUGUCUAAAUUUACAGAAUAUCUCCGUAAAGACCAGGGAACAGCCAAGUGUGAACUGAUUUUCCAGGCCCAGAUUCCUCCAUUGGGAUUUACCAAGUUCACUGUCCAGAAAGUGUCCGCCCAGGAGAGAUUCUUCACAAGGACAAAGAAGACCAAUCCAACAAAGAUCGAGAAUAAGUAUUACAGAGUAGAAUUUCACCCAGAAACCGGAUUAAUCUCAGGCAUUCACAAUCUGGAGAAGGGGAUCUCAUUACCUCUAACACACAGCUUUUACUGGUAUAACGCCAGUAUUGGUGAUAGCGAGAGCACUCAGGCCUCUGGAGCGUACAUCUUCAGACCCAACCAGUCAACACCUCAACCUGUGAACCAGAAGGUCCGCAGUUAUCUGGUGCAGAACUCCCUGGUGCAGGAGGUGUAUCAGAACUUCUCCUCCUGGUGCUCCCAAGUGGUUCGGCUGUACACUGACCAGCGCUACGUGGAGCUGGAGUGGACGGUGGGGCCUAUUCCUAUAGGGGAUCGUAUUGGAAAGGAAGUGAUCAGCCGCUUUGAAUCCAACUUGCAGACAAAUGGCUUGUUUUAUACAGAUGCAAAUGGAAGACAAGUCCUGCAGCGGAGGAGAGACUUUCGGGAAACCUGGCCACUUAAGCAGACUGAACCAGUAGCUGGAAACUAUUACCCAGUGAACAGCCGGAUAUAUAUUAAGGACAAGAAUAUUCAGUUCACUGUAUUAACAGACCGAUCACAGGGAGGAUCCAGCAUCACUGACGGGUCGCUGGAGCUUAUGGUCCAGAGACGUCUCCUGUAUGACGAUAUUCGUGGGGUGGGGGAGCCUCUGCUGGAGCCUGGGCCGUACGGAGAGGGGAUUAUACUUAGGGGGAGGCACUUGCUGCUUUUGGACACCCCACAAAGUUCUGCAGAUCUACAUCGGACUCUGGGUUUACAGGAGUACAUGUCCCCCCAAAUCAUCCUUUCUUCUGGAGAUGCGGUACCCUACAGCUCACAGCAGGGUGGAUCCAACCAGUUCUCAGCCCUGAAGGCCCCGCUCCCCGACAAUGUCCACCUCCUCACCCUCGCUCUGCACGAGCCAAAGAAGCUUCUGCUCAGGUUGGAGAACCCCUUCCAGGGACACGAGAGCGCUAACUAUUCCCAACCUGCCACCGUCAAUCUCCAGGAGCUGUUCUCCACAAUCUCCUUGUCCGAGGUGGAAGAAAUGACACUGUCAGCAAAUCUGCCAAAGAGUAAGAUGAAUCGCAUGCAGUGGAGAGCGGAGGGAGCUUCCGAUGCGCACAAAAGAGACAGUGGUUUCUUCCUGGACCCCGCAGCCAUCACGCUGAACCCUAUGGAGAUCCGGACCUUCCUUGCUACCGUCCAGUACAGAAAAUAUACCAGUGCGGGUAGAUGAUGACGCUGUAUAGGGGGGGGGGGGGGAGAGGUUAUCCUCCGCUGGCAGCCCUAUGCCUUACUGACCGUGCAUUAUAUACUCUGUUACACAGGGCUCAAAUAAACUUAUUUUCCAAAGAAAAAAAAAAUAAAUUGGCUGAAGUUUAGUUUAUGCUCCAGGUUAAAAAAAACAGAAA